AUACAUAUUAUACACCUUGAGAGUGAUAUAUAUAGCGAGAGAGCUCUGCUUAAAAAGAAAUGGGUGAGGUGACGGAAGUGAAGCUGAAUCCGAAGGGAAAUAGGGAAGAGGUCAUAUCAGCACCUCCAUUCAGACUCCAUUCUCCUUUAAUAACUUGGUCAUCCCCGGUGCUCGAUUCAGCGCCCAAAACCCCGGCCAAAAGUCCAUUGCUUUCGCGUUUCAUGAGCAGUAGUGGUACUACCACUCCUCUAGCCAGCCCUGUGAAAAGGGCAAUUGCAAGUAUGCAAGGCCAUUUGGAAGAAGUUGGACACUUCACAAAGCUUGAGCCACAGGAGGCUUGGCUGCCUAUUACCGAAUCCAGGCGUGGUAAUUCUUACUAUGCAGCGUUUCACACUUUGUGCUCGGGGAUUGGCGUUCAAGCCCUUCUUCUCCCCCUAGCUUUCGCUAUUCUUGGCUGGGCAUGGGGAAUUACAUGUCUCGUACUGGCUUUCGUGUGGCAGUUGUACACACUUUGGUUACUGAUUCAGCUUCAUGAAUCAGACUCCGGCAUGCGCUACAGCAGAUACCUUCGUCUCUCCAUUGAGGCGUUUGGUGAGAAGCUAGGGAAACUGAUGUCCCUCUUUCCGAUCAUGUAUCUUUCCGGUGGGACCUGCGUGACACUGAUCAUGAUUGGUGGAGGCACCAUGAAGAUGUUUUUCGAGCUUUUGUGCAAUGAAACGUGCAAUGUAAAGCCGUUGACGACAAUAGAAUGGUAUUUGGUGUUUACCUGCAUAGCCACUGUUAUAGCUCAACUUCCUAACCUCAAUUCAAUAGCUGGGAUUUCCUUGAUUGGGGCUAUCACUGCCGUGAGCUAUUGCACGCUGAUUUGGGUGAUCUCAGUGAGCAAAGGCAGGCUUAAGGGUGUGUCGUAUGAACCAUUGGGUGCAAAAUCAGAUGUAGCCACGCUUUUUGAAACUCUCAAUGCGCUUGGGAUCAUUGCCUUCACUUUUAGAGGCCACAAUCUUGUGCUUGAAAUACAGGGGACGAUGCCAUCGAGCAUUAAGCGCCCAUCCCGACUACCAAUGUGGAAAGGAGUGAAGUUUGCCUAUUUAAUCAUUGCAAUGUGUUUGUUUCCCCUUGCUAUUGGCGGCUAUUUGGCUUAUGGGAAUAAGAUGCCUGUUUCAAACGAAGGGCUGUUAUCUGCUAUGUACAAAUUCCACAAACGAGACACAUCAAAAUUCCUUCUAGGGAUGACAAGCAUGUUGGUGGUGAUUAACAGCCUAAGCUCGUUUCAAAUAUAUGCAAUGCCAGUAUUUGACAAUCUGGAGUUUAGAUACACCAGCGCCUUAAACCAACCAUGCCCACGCUGGCUACGCUCGGCUCUGAGGAUUUUCUUUGGCUGCCUGGCUUCUUUCAUAGCAGUUGCACUUCCAUUUUUGCCGAGCUUAGCGGGGCUCAUUGGCGGAGUGGCAUUGCCCGUCACCUUGGCAUAUCCAAGUUUCAUGUGGAUGCUCAUCAAGAAACCCCAAAAAUAUAGCGCUGUUUGGUUCCUCAAUUGGUCGUUGGGAGUCUUGGGUAUGCUUAUCAGCGUUUCGGUCGUCACGGGGGCAAUCUGGAGUAUUGUUACCAAGGGACUAGAAGUUCACUUCCUCAAGCCAGAAUAACAACGUUGAAGAGAAAAAUCCUGUGGAAGAACGGACGCUAAAACAAGCUGCUGCGAAUAUUCAAUUUAAUGGGUUUCUAAUCCACCGUGUUCAAUCAAAACUGACCCAUGUCCUUGUUUGACUAAAUUGUAACACUUAUUCCUGAUGUUAGUUGUGGAUAAAUAAACCAUAUGGCUUUGUGCUUGCAUCACAAG